AUGGCAGAGCCCAGCAUCCCAGUAUCUCAGGCAUCUGAGGUGAGAGAGAUCAGAAAGGAAAUGCGCGCUCUCCUCGACCGGCUCGAUACUCUCGAGGGCUUGAACACCACCAACGCCAAGGAUGCUAAUAUCCCCCGACACUCACGGCGACCACACCCAGCCAGAGAGGGCGAUAGAGACUUCACGGCUAAUGGAUUACCAAGCAUGUUGUCUAACCACCAGAUUACCAUCUUCUCUCUUCCAGGGAAAAAUUUUGGAGACCUCUUCGGUGGACUGGAUGAGCAAGCGCUGCUGAAGAGAAAGGAAUUAUCCCCGUUCGGCCCGGUGACUCCAGGACCUGCUUCGUCGUCGUCGUCGUCAUCAUCAUCUUCAUCACCACCACCACCUUCAUCAUCUUCUUAUGCCGCGGUGUGUGGAAUGCGCCUGCUUCAAGACCAGCCAAUUACUAGCGUCAUCGAUCAUGCCGGGCCAACCGGCACCAAAAAGCUGCGUCUCCGCGCCACCCCGAUGCUUCAGAUGGCCCAUGUCUUUGAGAAGAAGGACGAGGACAACCCCACUCCCUUCUUCUUGGUGACCGCCGCACCCGACAGUGACAGUCGCGCAAUGGCCGAUUUCACCCUGGGCCUGGCGAUUGCGUACCACAACAACAAACUGCGAGGAAAGAAAUCACGCAUCCUCAGCGGCAUGCUCAUGACUGCGGACUCGGUUCUUUUCGCGGAAGUGUGUGACGACGUCAUCUAUCGCAGACCCCCAAUUCAAUUGGCCAAAGGGAGGAUGUACGCAGGGUCUACAUCGACCUCGCCCGAAUUGUCACCAACGGUGCAGUGUUUGGUUUCUCAUGGACCCAGGGCUAGCGAUACAACGACGCAUUGUGAUCAAAUUGGACCUCCAGAUGUAACUAGCUCUCCCAAACCCAAGAAUGGCAGAUGCAAGAAGAAAGGAAGUUGUUGUUAA